UACCUAUCUCCCCCUUUCUUAAUCUCAUUUCAUCGCUUCACCGCAGUCUGCUUCCCAUCAGGCACGCAGAGAUACCGAAAUGGGUCGUGUAAUCCGGGCGCAGCGUAAGGGAGCAGGAUCCGUUUUCAAGUCCCACACCCAUCAUCGCAAGGGUCCGGCCCGAUUCCGUUCCCUGGACUUCGGAGAGCGCAAUGGCUACCUUAAGGGUGUGGUGACAGAGAUCAUUCACGAUCCUGGACGAGGUGCGCCACUGGCCCGCGUCACCUUCCGCCACCCCUUUCGGUACCAGCACCAGAAGGAACUAUUCGUGGCCGCCGAGGGUAUUUACACUGGUCAGUUCCUUUAUUGUGGUAAGAAGGCCAAUCUAGUGGUUGGUAAUGUGUUGCCUCUUAGAGCCAUCCCCGAAGGUGCCGUCAUUUGCAACGUCGAGCACCAUGUUGGUGACCGUGGGGUUUUCGCUAGGGCCUCUGGGGACUACGCUAUUGUUAUCUCACACAACCCCGACAAUGGAACCUCUAGGAUUAAGCUUCCUUCAGGAGCUAAGAAGAUUGUGCCCAGUGGAUGUCGUGCCAUGAUUGGCCAGGUUGCUGGAGGAGGACGUACGGAGAAACCACUGUUGAAGGCCGGGAAUGCCUAUCACAAGUUCAGAGUGAAGAGGAACAGCUGGCCUAAGGUUCGUGGUGUUGCUAUGAAUCCUGUGGAGCAUCCCCAUGGUGGUGGUAACCAUCAACAUAUUGGUCAUGCGAGUACUGUUCGUCGGGAUGCACCACCAGGGCAAAAGGUUGGUCUUAUUGCAGCUAGGAGGACUGGUCGUCUACGUGGUCAAGCUGCUGCUACAGCUUCUAAAGCUGAUAAGGCUUAGGUUAAUAAUGAAUGAUAUGCGGAUUUCAAAUUUGUUUGCUGUCUUCUUUUUAUUAUGUCUGAAUCAGAAUCUUUACAUGUUCAAUUGUGACGGCUAUGGUAAGGAUUAUACUAGAUUUUGUUUCAAUUUGCUCUAUUAAUUUCUUUCAGUAAUCGUUAAUUGGAACCUUUUAUCUUCCUUCAA